AUGGAGAAGUAUCUGAGAGAGAACUUUCAUGUUGAACCCAAGCGCCCGUCAGAAGCCGCUCAACGCAGAUGGAGAUCCGCUGUCUCCGUUGUCAAGAACCCUCGACGCAGGUUUCGAUGGGUGGCCAAUCUCGCUCAACGUGCCGACGCCGAACAGAAACGCAAGAAGCUUCAGGAGAAGAUACGAGUUGCUCUUUAUGUACAAAAAGCAGCAUUGCAUUUUAUAAACGGUAAUCUACAUUCAAUAGCUUUCAUUCAUCUUUUUACUCUUUUCACUCCUGGAACCCGAGGAACUGGUGAUUACAUGCUCUCCAAAGAGAUUCAAGAAGCAGGUUUCGGAAUCGUGCCUGAUGAAUUAGCAUCCAUUGUUAGAUCUCAUGACACUAAAUGUUUAGAACAUCAUGAGGGAGUUGAAGGAUUGGCCAAAGCUGUCCGCGUAUCAUUUCAAGGCGGUGUUAGUUCAAGCGACGUAAAACAUAGACAAGAUAUCUAUGGUCAUAACCGCCACACGGAGAAACCCUCAAGGAGUUUUUGGAUGUUUGUUUGGGAUGCAAUGCAAGACUUGACACUAGUCAUCCUUAUUCUAUGUUCUGUAGUAUCAAUUGGUGUUGGAAUCUUAACCGAAGGUUUUCCUAAAGGUAUGUAUGAUGGAGUUGGAAUCAUACUAUGUAUUAUUUUAGUGGUUUUUGUCACUUCAAUAAGUGACUAUAAACAGUCUUUGCAAUUUAAGGAUUUGGAUAAAGAGAAGAAAAAUGUAAGCAUUCAUGUUACAAGAGAUAGUAGAAGACAAAAGGUUUCAAUUCAUGAUCUAGUAGUUGGAGAUAUAGUUCAUCUCGCAAUCGGAGACAUAGUUCCUGCAGAUGGAUUAUAUAUAUCAGGAUUUAGUUUAUUGAUCGAUGAAUCAAGUUUAUCCGGUGAGAGUGAAGCCGUAAAUGUUGAUCAACAAAAGCCAUUUCUUCUAUGUGGAACCACAGUUCAAGAUGGUUCUGCUAAGAUGCUCGUGACUUCGGUUGGUAUGAAGACGGAAUGGGGAAGAUUGAUGGAAACUUUGAAUGAAGGCGGAGAUGAUGAGACACCUCUUCAGGUGAAACUAAAUGGUGUUGCUACACUAAUUGGAAAAAUAGGGUUAGGUUUUGCAUUGGUAACAUUUUUAGUUCUUACUGGUAGGUUUUUGGUUGUGAAAAUAUCUCACAAUAGCAUCACUAAAUGGGAUCUAAAUGAUGCUUCUAUGCUUCUCAAUUUCUUUGCUACUGCUGUUAUUAUAAUAGUCGUUGCGGUUCCUGAGGGUUUGCCUUUAGCAGUUACACUAAGUCUUGCGUUCGCGAUGAAGAAAUUGAUGAAUGAUAAGGCACUUGUUAGACACUUAUCUGCAUGUGAAACAAUGGGUUCUGCUGGUUGUAUUUGCACUGAUAAAACUGGAACUUUGACCACAAAUCAAAUGGUUGUUGACAAAAUAUGGAUUUGUGAACAAACUAAGCCGAUUAAAACUGGAAAUCGUGAUGAUGGUAAUUUAUUGAAGAACUCAAUUUCCGAGGAGAUAUUCGAUCUCUUUUUGCAGUCAAUAUUUCAGAAUACUGCCUCAGAGGUUGUGAAAGGUGAAGAUGGAAAGAACAAGGUGAUGGGAACUCCAACAGAAUCAGCAUUGCUUGGAUUUGGUUUGAUUUUAGGAGGUGAUACUAAGUUUUACAAUGACAAGUAUAAGAUAGUUAAGGUUGAACCUUUCAAUUCAACGCGUAAAAAGAUGUCUGUUCUUGUUUCUCUUCCGGAUAACAAUAACAAAACUAGAGCAUUCUGCAAAGGAGCAUCAGAAAUAGUGGUGAAAAUGUGUGACAAAGUUGUUAACUCAGAAGGUAAAGUUGUUGAUUUGAACGAACAACAAAGAAAUAGCAUCAAUGAAGUAAUCAAUGGUUUUGCUUCCGAUGCACUGAGAACACUCUGUGUAGCCUUCAAGGAUAUUGAAGCGUCUUCUGAAGAUGGCAACAGCAUUCCGGAGGAUGAAUAUACUUUAAUUGCUAUUAUUGGGAUCAAGGAUCCAGUGAGGCCUGGAGUUAAAGAAGCUGUUAAGACUUGUUUGGAUGCUGGAAUUACUGUUAGAAUGGUGACCGGUGAUAAUAUAAACACCGCUAAAGCUAUAGCUAGAGAAUGCGGUAUCUUGACCGAUGGAUUGGCAAUAGAGGGACCGGAUUUUCGGAACAAAACUCAGCGAGAAAUGGAAGAGAUAAUACCUAAAUUGCAGGUAAUGGCUAGAUCAUUGCCACUUGAUAAGCAUACCUUGGUGAAACAUUUGAGGAAUGACUUUAAUGAAGUUGUGGCAGUAACAGGUGAUGGGACCAAUGAUGCACCAGCUUUGCAUGAAGCUGAUAUUGGAUUUGCUAUGGGUAUUGCUGGAACAGAGGUUGCAAAAGAGAAUGCAGAUGUGAUUGUAAUGGAUGAUAACUUUACAACAAUUGUGAAUGUUACAAGAUGGGGCCGUUCUGUUUACAUUAACAUACAAAAGUUUGUCCAGUUCCAAUUAACUGUUAAUGUUGUAGCUCUCAUGCUCAAUUUUGUUUCAGCUUGUGUCUCAGGAUCUGCUCCCCUUACUGCUGUUCAAAUGCUAUGGGUAAACAUGAUUAUGGACACAUUAGGUGCAUUGGCAUUGGCUACAGAACCACCACAUGAUGGGUUAAUGAAGAGACCACCUAUUGGAAGAAAUGCAAAGUUCAUAACUGGGGUGAUGUGGAGGAAUAUCAUUGGUCAGAGCCUUUAUCAAACUAUUGUUCUUUUGGUUCUUAAAUUUCGUGGUGAAAAGAUUCUUAAGCUCAAUGGACCUGAUGCUACCUCUAUUCUUAAUACUGUCAUAUUCAACACCUUUGUCUUUUGCCAGGUAUUCAACGAGAUAAACAGCCGUGACAUGGAAAAGAUUAAUGUUUUGAAAGGCCUAUUGAGUAGCUGGAUUUUUCUGAUGGUAAUGGCCUCAACAGUAUGCUUUCAAGUCAUAAUAGUUGAAUUCCUUGGUGCUUUUGCUCAAACAGUGCCACUGAGUAGAGACUUAUGGUUAACAAGUGUGAUGAUUGGUGCUGUAAGUUUAGUAGUAGCUGUUGUCUUAAAGUGCAUUCCAGUCCCUGUCAAAAAUUACGUUGCAACACAUCAUGAUGGUUAUGAGCAACUCCCAACUGGACCAGAGUUGGCAUGAAUAUAAUACAUGGUUCUCUAUGCUAGCUACCCACUUUUUGUUUCUAUUCAGAAAAUCUCUUGUUUUUUUGUAGUCAAAAUAUUAUAUUGGUAGCAACUAGCAAACAUAUUAAAGAGCAUAAGGUUUUUAAUUUAAGUACAUAGUU